AGCGCAAAGGCCCCGCGUAGCAUGAUGUCCACCUUAAUGCCUGAUUUUAAAAACAAAUAAAUACAAAUUCUUUCUCGUUAAAGGACUAGUUGACUUCACUCAGUCGGUUUAUUAUCGUUUAGACAUGGUUACUGUUCUCAGUAAACUUAGCUGUUUUAUUUAAAGAUCUUUAUAAUCCCUGACACAUGUGAAACACUCCGCCUCGUUACAUUUGGUUCAGCUGCUCGGUCCUUUGUGGCUAAAACAGUUCAAAUACAGCCGAGCUUAAAAGGGUUACGUUUAUUCAGAUAUUAGUUAGCAACGCUGAUAGCAUGAAUAAGCGAGAAGGUGAAGGAUCUUCACGGAAAAAUGUCGAUUCAGCGCAGGAGCAGGAUGUGAGUGCCAGCCCAUCCUCAUCUGUCAUUGCUGCCUUCAGAGUUUUCCAGCAGGAGCUUGACACCAAACACGACAAAUAUGAGCGACUCGUUAAGAUCAGUCGAGACGUCACCAUCGAAAGCAAGAGGACCAUUUUUCUUUUGCAUAGAGUGACCAAUGUACCAGAUGCAGAGGAUGUUUUGAACGAGGCUGAUGUGAAACUGGACGGAGUCAGGCAGAAGAUCGGUCACAUUGCUGAAGAGCUGAGAGGAGAGGACAUUUUUCAGUUUCACAGAGCUUUCACUGCAGGGAUUCAGGAGUAUGUGGAGGCCGUGUCUUUCCUGCACUACAUCCGUCAUCGCAGCCUUAUCAGCCUGGAGGAGAUCAACGCCAGACUGGUGUUUAUGAGAACAGAGAAAGCAGAUCCUAAGGGCUCAGCUGAAGCCUUGCCGCCGGGUGCUCAGGUCCUGACCUUCCAGGUGACACCGUCCGACUACCUGCUGGGUGUGGCCGACCUGACCGGGGAGCUGAUGCGGAUGUGCAUCAGCAGCGUGGGCAACGGCGACAUCGACACCCCGUUCCAGCUGAGCCAGUUCCUGCGUCAGAUCCACGACGGUUUCUCCUACAUCGGGAACACGGGCCCGUACGAGGUGUCCAAGAAGCUGCACACGCUGCGACAGAGCCUGGGGAAGGUAGAAGACGCCUGCUACACCCUGCGAGUGCGCGGCUCAGAGAUCCCAAAACACAUGCUGGCUGACGUGUUUUCCAGUCGGACCACACUCAUCGACCCUGAGGAAGGAGUGGUUUAAUCCUGCGCUGCUGCAAAAACACCUUUGACGUUCUCUGUGGUAUCAUUGUCUCCCUUAGUUUGAUGUUUGUAUGUGUUUUUAAUGGGAUUUGACAGAUGUUUCAUACAUUUCGUGACAUGCUUGUUCAUUUUUUCUUGUUAUUACCACAUCAGUCUUACAAUAGACAAUGGUUUUUUUUUUUUUCCAUGAUAAAGAUCUGAUGACUUCAGUUGUUUUGCAUGAAUAAAAAUUCCUUGCCAAGUA